UGUCCUUCCAGAGCUGAGAGCACAGCUGCUGCCUGGGGCUUGUAGCCCUGUGAGGCAUGGUGUAGGGCUUUAGCCUUCAGGAACUGGAGAUGAUCCCAUACUCCCUGCUCUACAGCACAAGCCUGUCCUACAGCCCCACCCCUGCCAGCAACCCAACAAUCCUGAGAACCAGUCCAGCUGUGAUCCCUAUUGAGUGUCACUAUCUCAGGAAGGACAAUGUGAGCAGCAGAGCCAUCAAGCUGACCUGGGUUCCCUUCAGCUCUACCCUGUCUGUGGAGAGGCUGGAUUUCUCCUUGCACCUGAUGAAUGGUUAUACUGCUCUCCCUCACAACAUCUUUGCCCACGGAGCCCUUAGGAGAGGGUGGACUACAAACUUGGUUCGCCGCCUACUGGGUGCAGGAGGUCAGCGGAAACCAGUCCCUGUCAGCGCUGAGUCCAGAAGAUUGUCUUGUUUGCUCCACUCAGUUCUCACCUAAAUAUCCAUUACCCUUUCAAUUUGUACCAAUAGUUUAUAAUUUUUCUUCAUUUAAUAU